AUGCUAACCUAUGGUGGAGCCGGCAUACGAGUGUGCUUGGUUGGCCUCGCUGCGGGCGUGACCGGCUUACUAGUAUGCUUGGCAUGUGGGCUACCGGCUCGCAUGAAUAUGCAAGGCUGCGAGUCCGUAGGAGGGAGGUCGAUGUGCUUAAAGGCCGACGAGUGCGAAAGAGAGAGCUCGGUGUCUUGGGCCGAGGGCGAUGAGCUCGAUGUGUUAGUGAGGUUGGUGGUACGCGUGGAGGCUAGCGAGAGGAUCGCAGGCCGUGAGGCGAGAGGGAGCUAUGGGCAUGUAGAGGUUGACGUGUGGCGUUGGGGGCCGGCUUGGUGUAGUGAAGAGCUGCGGGUGUGUGGAUGCCGACGUAUGGCGUGA